AUGUUGCGCCACAGGCUGCUAACUCCGGCUGCUGCCCACUGCUUCUCACCCCUGCAACUAUCGAAGCGCCGCUUCACCGACAAGAUUGCUGUUGGGUCCGUUGCGGCGUUGUCAACCAGCAUGACGAUUCUUGGUAUCUUCCACCUCAUUGUGACGCCGGUAAGCCCGACAAUUGCCGUUGCAACUAUUUCAGCAGCAACGGUGAGUGGGGCACUUGUCGUCUUUGAGGGCGGCAAUGAAGGCGGCACGACGUUUGGUGCUGUCCUUGGCGUCUUCUUUGGCGCAAUGGGCGGCUACUACGCUAAGUCAUCUAAGGAACCGUGGCGUAAGUGA